AUGUCUUCGAUUUACAAUCUCGAACCACAGCCAACAGCGUCGGCCGUCAUCCAUACCACGCUUGGAGAAAUCUUGGUCGAACUCUUCGCCAAGCAGACGCCUCUAGCCUGUCGCAAUUUCCUACAACACAGCCUUGACGGUUACUACGAUGGCACCAUUUUCCACAGAUUGGUCCCCAACUUCAUUCUGCAGGGGGGCGACCCGACAGGAACCGGUAAUGGCGGAGAGUCCAUCUAUGACGGCGGAGCCUUCAGCGGCGACCUGGAUCCCUGGCCCAUGGACGAAAGACGAGGCGCAAACGCAGGGCCGACGGGCAUCAACUUCAAGGAUGAAUUUCAUUCUCGGUUAAAGUUCAACCGGCGAGGACUUUUGGGAAUGGCCAACGAAAGCCGGGCAGAUACAAACAGCAGCCAGUUCUUCUUCACCUUGGACAAGGCCGAGGAGCUCAAUGGGAGAAACACACUCUUUGGCCGAGUCGCAGGUGACACCAUAUACAACCUGGCAAAGAUUGGGGAGUCCGAGGUGGACGAGAUGGAAAGACCUCUGUUUCCAGUCAAGAUUGAACGGGUGGAGAUUCUGGUCAAUCCCUUUCAGGACAUGAAAAAGAGAUCAAGAGUGGCGACGCGAGAAGCUGACAAGUCAAAGUCGGCUGUUCAGGCGAAGAAGAAGAAAAGAAAGGGAGGAAAGCAGCUGCUCAGCUUUGGCGACGAAGAAGGUGGAGAAGAGGAGCCGGUUUUCAAAAAGACCAAAUUCGACACCAGGCUAAUUGCAGAAGAGGACAACUCAGAGGAAGCUCUUCCCAAGAACAAUGCCAAAAGGGCCAAGAGGAGCGAGGUCUCGCAGACCGGCAUGUCUAAACAGCCGUCUGCGGAAGAAGCAAGGAAAGAGACGCCAAAGCGAUUGGAUGACCAGUCUCCGCCAACAGCCCAACAACAAGCACGAGCAGACCCUGAAUCAGAACUAAAAGACCUACCCGGCGAGUCUGAAGCACCAAAGAAGACGGCCCUCGAGAAAGCCAACGAGGAAAUUGCGGCGUUGAAGGCAUCGAUGAGGCGGACUAUUCAUUCCGAAAGGAAUGUCCAAGAGACAAGGGAGAAAUCUGCUCUCGAAGCCUUCAUCCCGGAGACGUCAAUGAGGGCGAGGAAGAGACGACCGGGGGGGAACAACACAAGCGCGAGUGAGGAUCAAGAAGCGCUCAACGUGCUACGGGCGUUUCAAUCACGAUUGGGGAAAGCUCCCCAGGAAAAGGGGGCGAGUGAAACAGCCCGGGAGGAUGACCAGAGCCGCCACAGCGUUGCUGGGGCCGACGGGGAAGCUGAGCUCUGUGACUUGCAUUUCAUCGCCCACUGCCAAAGCUGCACCGCUUGGGACAAGCAGGACAAGGAAGAAAGCGACGACGAGGGAUGGAUGUCACACUCGCUCUCGUUUGCCGCGGAUAAGAUGGGCAAAGACCUUAGCAAUCGGAGGAAAGCCGAGGAGGAGUUAGUCGUCAUCGACCCUCGGGAAAAGGCCUAUUCUCUUCAAGAGAACAAACGGGCCGACAGGGAUAGCAGGGCAGGAGGGUCAAGGGCAUGGGAACAAGCAAGGAAUCAAGCGCGGAAUGCGAAACUAGCAAGGUCUGCCUCUGCCGGAAGGGGUGCAAAGUGA